AUGGUGUUCCGAGCUUCAGUACAGUAUGUGCUUGAGAAGCCACUCUUCCUCAUGGGGUGCAACAUCCUUCUGGGACUGGUCGUGCCAAUCGCGGCAAGGUUGGCAGGAAACAACGACCCCUAUGACAACCAAAUUUCCCACGUCUUUGGGCAGGGGUCGAUUUGUGUAGCCAUGGACUUCCCUGGCUGGAUGGAGGCUGCCACUACGAUGUUUUUCUUCACUGGCCUCUUGCACAGCUAUGGAAUGAUCAAGAUAUACCAGCACUGCAAACGUGAGUGGGAGGGGGAGAACAGCAAGAAGUUUCUCCUGGCCUUUGUGGCCUUCGAGAUCUUUUGCGUGAACUGCUUCUGGCUGGUCGGCCUCUUCAGUCCCGUGUUGGACCACAGCAUUGACACAGUCUACGCUCAUUCUAUCCCCUAUGUGGCACUUCAGAUGUGCUUCUUCUUUUGGGUCAUCUUCCUCAUUGCCUUCGUGCGUCCGACAGGUGUGGGCAAGAUUCGUGCCGUGUCAUGGUACUGUUUCAGUGGGGGCUACUUGGCCUUGCAAAUCUUCGUGCUUGUUCUCAUCUUCUGGACUUUUGCAGAGCUUUCGCAGCCCGGCGUUGCAAUGGCUGGAGCCGACCGCUACAAGGGCCCUAUGGCCCGCGGCGCCAGCUGGAUACCCCUCUCUGAGCCCCUGGGCCUCCUCUGUCGACUUGGAUGUUUCUUCCUACAUCCACUUCGCCUAGCAGCACCACAGCAGGAGCCUGAAGCUAAGAAGCCAGAACCCACAAAGGUUGAGGCGUUUGAAGCCCAAGAGCCAUGA